AUGUGGAAAUUGCGAUGCUGCUUCGUUGGCACAGUGAAGGACCAUCCAACCAAGGCCGAUUCGCUGCAGAUACAGCGUGACGUGUGCACGUGCCCAAUCGCUGAGCAGGCUGCAGCUUUUGAGGCGUCAGGAAUAACGCUUGGAUGUAACGAGACAGCGCAAAGCUUCCCAGCUCCCGUCGCUCAUGGUGGCACUCAAUGGCAAUCUGGCUGCAUCGUGGCUGUAAAGUGGAUUGUCACCGAUGCCGUGAAUGUUCCAGCCGCGUUCAUGGAGGCACUUCUUGCCAAGAUGCUGGCGCAUCCCUUUCUGGUUCAGACAUUUGAUUGUGCUAUUUGCCAGUUGGAUGAUGAAGCCAUGUACCAGGGAAGCGCCUGCGACCUCGCACCAUCAGCUCGUUUUUCGAUGGAUGACCUUCCGUCGUUGCGUGCUCAGCCAGACAACAACGCAGCGCCCUGCAGAAUAUCAUCCCCUGACGCACAAAACGAGAACAGUUGCGCCGAUGCCGAAGACGUUUUUUCAGUUGCCCGAGCCAUGGACAGCUUUGAGGGCAACGUGCAUGGCGACCCCUUGCGGCUUAGGCCCGUCAACAGCUGGGACGUUCUUCGUCAGCUGGGAGCUGUGGCCGGCAAGUACGUGGUGCAGAUUGUGAGCGAGUGGUGCGACGAGGGGACUUUGCACGCCGCCAUCCGGCGCGGCGUGUUCAAACCUCAGGCCCCAGCCGGCCCUGGAGGUGCUCGGGGUCGGUCGCGGACCUGGGCACUGCGGGCGCUGCUCAGAACCGCUCGCGAGGUGGCCCAAGGCAUGAGCCACCUGCACUCCCUGAACAUCAUCCACGGCGACCUGAAGCCCGGGAACGUGCUGCUCAAGAGCAGCCGCAUCGAUUCGCGCGGCUUCGUGGCGAAGGUGGCCGACUUUGGACUGUCCCGGCUGUGCAACCAGAGGGAGGAGUACGUCACAACCGCCGACUGGGGUACGGUGCCGUACAUGGCGGGGGAGUACCUGGACAACCGGCUGUGCAAGAGCUCAGAUGUGCGCGAGGGUCGGGGGGUCUACUCCUUCGGUGUGCUGCUUUGGCAGAUGUACACGGGCAAGGCGCCCUUUGCAGGCCACCUAGAAGCCCAAGUGGCGGUGGGGGUCAUGUUCGGCAGUCUGCGCCUCGAGUGGCCGACCAACAUGCCACCCCCCCUUCUGAGACUGGGCCAAGCAUGUUGCCGUCACGAGCCGGAGCAGCGACCCACCUUCAAGGAGGUGGUGGUGGCGCUGGCGGGCAUCGAGCAACAGCAGCCGUACAAGAUUUACCCUCCGUGCGUGUACGGCAGGCAUGUUGGUGACGCUGUCGCUUACCAGCACAACCCGCCAGCUGGUACGCCAGCAGGUAUCAGUCGCCAGAUCGGUCUUGCAAUGCCACCAUCGUCAUCCUUCGCCCAGCAACAACAACAACAACAGCAGCAGCAGCAACAGCAACAGCAAGAAAUAUUCAUCGUUUCCACCAGUUGCAGUUUCGGGGCAGUCAACUCCGCCGCCGCUGCCGCCACCGCCACCGUCCCUGAUAACAGACCCGGAGCCAGAAGCUGUGGAGCCGCUGGCGGCGAGGUGCUGGCGCUGGCGACGACGACCGCAGCUGCACCGGCCACACCGAUGUCGUACUAUACCUCGCCGCUGCGAAGCUCCUCCCUGCAGCGACCUGACGAGGAGCACGCCGCCGCCGCUGCCGCCGGUCACGUUACGUUUUCUGCUGACGCCCCCGAGCUGUCCGAAACUCUCAGCGGUUUGAUGCCGCUGUACUGCGCUGUCGGCGUCGGCGGUUACGCCGCCGCCGCUGCCGCCGCCGGUUCCUCCCCUCUGUCGCAUCAUCACGUCAUCCUCAGCCCGCCGCUGGCGGCGCAGCUAUCCACGUCGUGUGCGUUCCAACAGCAUCCUCAGACGGCUGCACAGCAGCCGCGACCGCCGUACAGCACCUCGCCCCUACCGCAUCACUCUUGUCAACUUCAAGAACAAGUACGGCAACAAGAGCGACGGGAGCGACAGCGACAGUGUUACGCUCAGGGACCGGAAUCUGCCAACUGCUCCUCGCGGGCUGCUGGGACUGCAGAGGCGACGGAGGUGUUGCUCCGGAUGUCGACGGUUGCGUUGGCAACGGUGCACCCUGACGGCCCCGUCGGGGGCUCGUCGCCACUGCCGCCGCCGCUGCUGGCGGCGGCGACUGGUGCUGCUGAGCCUCCAGGCGCUGCAGGGGCUGUGACGCCGCCGCCGGCAGCUGCUCAACCGACAGUGCCGGUGGUCGAUGUGGCAACGGAGACUGACGCGGAUUGGGGCCAGCAACAGCAACAGCCGUCAAGGGUUGCGGUGACGGCGCUGGUGACGGCGGAUGCCAUGGCGGCGGCGGCGAUGCGAGGCCAACUAUGGCAGCGUGGCGCAGGGGAGGCGUCUGUCGUCGACUGCAAUGCUGCUUGUGACAGCUCCGCGGCUGCCGCUAUGGCUGCUGACGCAUGCAUCGUCACUCCCUCUCCCGCCUUCCCAUCCCCCGUUGCCGCCGCCACACCCGCCGCCGCCGCCGCCGGGGCCAACAUCCUCAUGUCCGCCGCCGCCUCGCCAUCUUCCUGGGUAUCUAGCACCACCGCCUCCGCUGCCACGACAACGUCCCUAAAGACAGUCUCCGCCACCGUUUCUGCUUCGGCGUCUCCAACUCCUCCGGCAUUGCCUCGCAUCGCAUCUCUAGCAAACGGCCAUGGCGGCCCCGGGGUAUCCGGGGCCCUCGCGAUAAUGACUGCGGAAGAGGGCUCCGCCGCCGCCGCCAUCGCUGCGACGGCUGCGACGACGAACACUAGCUGCAGCAGCGGAGGCGGUUUCGGCGGCAGCUGCUGCAGUAGCGUUAGUUGGAUGCCGGCGGGCAUUGUUAAGUCGGCGUCCUGGAUGCUGACGAGUCCUAACAUGCGACCUUCAGCUGACGGCCAGCUGCCGCCAGCAGGACGGUCAGCCGUCAGGUCAGGCGACGAGAGCCCCGCUAGCGUUCUGGCGUUAACCACGACGACGCCAAUAGCCGCGGAGGCGUUGACGAAACCUGCUACAACCGCAUUCGCGGGAACUGAAGCGGAUGGUUUGACAGAAACUGCCGCUGCCGCCGCCGCCGCCGCCACCGCCAGGGCAUCAGGGCACCCGAGGGCCUCAGCUUCGGCUGCCGGAGGCCCCGCCGCCGCUGCCGCCGCCGGCGGCGGCGGCAGAUCCAACAGCACCGGCAGCUCAGGCGCGCUAUGGUCGCCGUCGUACACCCGUUCUGCGACGCCGCUGCCGACGGCAAGUAUGCCGCAGGUGACGGCAACCUCGGUGGGUGCGGCAGCGGCGGCACUGCCGCCACGGGCCGUAAGCAGCAGCCGCCGCGGCAGCAAGGGCCCAGCGCUGCAGGACGUUCCCGAGGACGAUGAUUGGGAUGGCGCCGCCGCCGCCGCCGCCGCCGCCGCUGCCGCCGAGAUGGCAGAGGCGCCGGCGCGGCCACCAGCUAAUUCUGCCUUCAUGAACAGCUCCCGAGAUAUCGGGAUCGACGCUUUUUCCGUCGCGAUCACCCUCAUGGGGGGGAGGUCUGUGUGGUGGUGA